AUGGCAGAUCCCUACGACGACUCUCCUAGCGGUCAGGCUCAGGGCGCAGGCUCCACACAAGACAUGAAAGAGAGUUCUCGAGGCCGCUCACGUUCUCGUAGCCCGGUCCGUAACGGUGGUGGAAGCUCCUCCUAUCGUAGCCCGGGGCGUCGCUCUCCUGGCUAUCGCAGACGCUCACCACCUCCACGAAAACCGAACCAUGCACCUGCAGUGUCUUUGGGCUCAGCAUUCGCACACAAGAACGUGACCUUGAAGAAGAAUUUGGACGCUUUGGUCAUGUCGACAAAGUCACUAUUGUUUACGAUCAGCGGGUCAGUACCCAGCAAGUCCAAGGUUAAAAAUAUGCUGACACCUGGCAAGACUGACCGCUCCCGUGGGUUCGGAUUUAUUGUUAUGAGCACGGUUGAGGAAGCAACACGAUGCGUUUCAGAACUUAACGGAGUAGAGCUAAAUGGUCGUCGCAUCCGCGUUGAUUACUCUGUUACCGAACGGCCCCAUGCACCUACUCCUGGCGAGUAUAUGGGACUUCGUCGCUCCGACUAUGGCCGGAGGGACAAAGGAGCGCUUCACGCAGCCCUCGUGCCGCCAGUCCUAGCCGAUACGAGCAUGCAGGAGAGGGACCUCGCUGGGUCGAUCUCAGCAGCUUACCAGUACUAUAAGGAAUUACCUCCAAUCAAUCCUUCGACACUCACCGGUGCCAUUGACGUUAUUGUCAUUCAGCGAAAGGAUGAGACCGGCAAUAUCGAGCUCGCAUGCACUCCUUUCCAUGUCCGUUUUGGUAAAUGGCAAGUUCUAAGACCUAGUGACAAGAAGGUCAACGUUUUGGUCAAUGGACGCGCCAUUCCAUUUAAUAUGAAAAUAGGAGAAGCUGGGGAAGCAUUCUUCGUGUUUGAGACUGAGGAAGACGUACCAGAGGAUCUCAUCACUAGCCCCAUCCUUCAAGCUACCAAUCCAACUGAGCUGAGUGGCGCCGUUCAAAAGACGGGCAGAUUCGGUGCGAAGGAACCAAGCAUAGGAGGGAAUGAUGCAGAUACCAAGGAAUUAGUUGGUGGUAUGGAGGAACAGACAGAGAAACAGGCUAAAGACGAGCCGGUACCAGAGCCGGAUUUCUUCGAUCUAGAUGCUACAUCUACAGAGCAAUCCGAACAGCACGACAUUCCACCAUUAACGAAACUGCCGCCCUCCACGUAUGGCCUUCCGUCCUCUCAGCCCAGUACAUCAUUACCUCAUCCCAACGAUACAACCGCUUCAGCUAGUCACAUCAAAGUUCCAUUGAAUAAUGUCAAAGAUCUCGCUGAAUCUGCUGCUCGACUAGCCAAGGAAGAGGAAAAGGAACGAAUUGGCCUUUUGCAUGACAAGCUCACGGCCACCCAAAACAUCCUAGGCAACGACAUGAGAUUCCCCUCCGAUGACUCCAAAUCACAGCCAGGAGACGAAGCUCUCCCCAAGCAUAAAAAGAGCGGCUCGCCACCUCCCGUCGCAUAUUUACAUGAUGCAGUCAUCGAUAUGGCAGG